GCUCGCGCCGCCGGUAGCAUCGGGGUGCGCGGGGUUUGGUUCCCGUUGUUUGGAUUCGGCUCCGGCCAGGUCGACCCGUCUGUCUUCCGUCUGGUCGCCGUCGUCUGCUACUGCUGGCCUGCCGGUGCAUCGUCUGCUACUCCCGCGGACAGGGGCGCAAACCUCGCUUGCUUUCUGCGAGGCGCUCACCACAGCAGGAGCAGCAGCACUGUGUCGUAUCGUCGGCGUUUUUUUGCCCUAAACCGGUUGGACCACGCAAAGGGCUCAGCGAAAAAAAGAAGGAAUCGCGCCGCGUCUCUCCGUACCGCAGUGUGUCACGAGGGGAUUCUGUCGCGAGCCGCUUCAAAGAGGAACGACACUGUUGGACGAGAUCCCGGGGUUCACCGGUGGUGCUAGUGGCGGUGGAGGAGUCGGCAACGGCGCCUUGUUGCUUUGUUGCAGCGGCUUCCGCGUUGAAGCUCGCCGGCGUCACACGCGAGGCUACGACGGAGGCGGUGCUUCGUCGCUGUGCGCGUUUUGCGACUCCGUCGGUUGCUGCGUUGCCGAGGCGCAGCGUUGUUGUUGUCGUCCCGUCGUUGGGACGAGUUGUGCGGCGCGACCGCACCUCAAAGCCCGUGAACACGAAGCCGCCGACGCGCCUACGAGACGGACCGGUCCCGUUGUUUUUGGAAGGCGGAGGAGGAAGACGGAGGCGCCGGCAAGAUGCUCUCGACAUUCCUGCACAAGCUGCGCCGGACAAAGGAGCCCGGCGCGGACCACAUGCAGACGUCCCUGAAGCGAUGUCUGACCACCUUCGACAUCACGCUCCUGGGCAUCGGCCACAUGAUGGGCUCCGGCAUCUACGUGCUCACCCCUUCGGUGGCCAAGAACAUCGCGGGACCGGCGCUCAUCGUCUCCUACAUCGUGGCCGGCAUCGCGUCCCUGCUCGCCGCGCUCGCGUACGCCGAGUUCGGCGUGCGGUUCCCUCGGGCCGGCUCGGCCUACUCGUACUCGUACUUUAGCGUCGGCGAGUUCUGGGCCUUCUUCGUCGGCUGGAACGUGGUGCUCGAGAACGUCAUCGGAAUCUCGGCCGUGGCUCGGGCCUGCAGCGCGUACAUCGACUCCCUCACGCACGGCGCCAUCAAAAGCGCCAUCAUGAACACGACGGGCGAGCUCCCCGGCCCGUACCUCUCCCCGUACCCGGACUUCCUGGCGCUGGGCAUCAUCGUGGUGUACGUGGCGUUCAUGUCCGUCGGCGUGCAGGCCACCUCGUGGCUCAACAACAUCCUCUGCUGCGUCAACAUCUUCGUCCUCUUCAUCAUCAUCGGCGUGGGCGGCUACUACGCCGACUUCGACAACUGGACCAACCCGGAGACCGGAGGGUUCAUGCCCUACGGGGUCCACGGCAUCCUGGCCGCGUCGGCGGCGUGCUUCUUCGCCUACGUCGGCUUCGACGCCAUCGCCGCUUCGGGAGAGGAGGCGAAGAACCCGCAGCGCUCUUUGCCCAUCGCCACGUUCAUCUCGAUGACCGUGGUCACCGUUCUCUACGUGGCCGUUUCCGCGGUGCUCACGCUCAUGGUAAACUACCAGGACAUCGUGCCGGACUCGGGUCUACCGGACGCUUUGGAAGACAAGGGAGCAAUCUGGGCUAAGAUCGUCGUCAUCAUCGGUGCACUGUGCGGGAUGUCGACGGUGCUCAUCGGCACGCUGUACGCGCUCACCAGGAUAGCGUACGCCAUGGCUGACGAUGGCCUCAUCAUGCACAUGUUCGGCACGGUCAACAAGCGCACCAAGAUCCCGCUCGUCGCCAUGUACGUGUUCUCGGCGCUGGCCGCCCUGCUCGCGGUCAUCCUGGACAUCGAGACCCUGGUGGAGAUGAUGUCCAUCGGGACGCUGUUCGCCUACCUCGUCGUCAGCGGCGGCAUCAUCAUCUUCCGGUACAGGCAGCCGGCCAAGAAGGAGGUCUUGGAGAUGGGAUCACUCACCGAGAAGCCGCCGGCAAACGGUUCCUCGGGCAGCCCGACUUGCGCCACGUCCAGCAACGCCUACAACCGGCUUCUGCCGCGGUUCCAGUUCAUGUCCUCCGUGCUGGGCGGCGUGACCACGGACUUGAUCAUCUCACUCAGCGUGUGCGGCAUCGUGGUGGUGACGCUGGUGCUGGGCUUCUACGCCCAGAGCCUGUGGGCCGAGAUCUCCGCCGGAGUCUGGUGGGCGGUGCUCGUGCUCGUCGUGCUCAUACUUGUCCUGCUGGCCCUGUGCUUCCUCAUCUCCAUCCACGAGCAGGUCGUCACCAUCCAGCGGUACAAGAUGCCAUUUGUGCCCUUCCUCCCCAUUCUGAGCAUCGUGGUCAACACCAUUUUACUGACAACCCUGCACGGACUGACCUGGCUACGUCUUCUUGUAUGGGUAGCAAUAGGGCUCACGGGUUACUUCGUCUACGGCACCCAGCACAGCAAGCUCAAUAAGCCGCAGGAGCAGUGUUACAACCAUACCGCCGAUGGUUCAGCAACCAACGGAAAGCCUCAGCAGCAGACGUCUUCGGGCAACAGCCAUCUCUGAGGACAGAGAAGGUGGGCUCGUUCGGCCCCGCUCUUCCGACGUGGCACUGGUGGAUACUGGUGACGCUGCGAGCGGGCCAAUUUGCGACGAACACGGCGAUCAACACCAAAACCAAGGAAGCCAUCUUUACGGUGCGAACGGCUUCCGGAACGGGCAGACGGGUGAUGAUGACCUUGUUGUAUACUUGCGCGUGCGCCGAACGAGUGAACGCGAGGUGCCUGACGUCGUUGCAAUCGUGCCAGGAGCAAAAGCGACAUCGACAGCAAUGAAUGGAAGGAACCUCGCGCCGUCUCACGUGUUGUCGAGACACGAUUGUUCCAACCGAUUGUGGAUCGACUUUCAUCUGUACAUAGACUCCUCACCAAGUUUUGUCCGGACAGUUUCGAACGGCCGCAUCUGGCCCGUGAUUUUGUGCUGUUGGGGAAAAUGAUGGGGGGGGGUUUUCUGACACGAUUGUCCUUGGGUACAACCAGACGCAUCCACUUUUUAUCCGGUGGAUAGAACCCGUAAUUGCUGGUCAGUGCACUGACGGAAGAAGAUCUCGUGUCGUCGACGAAGGCAGCUGACUUUGCCACUGGAACCACCACAACUUUCACCGAAACCUUCACGCAUUAUCUCUCUCUGUUUUGUUUUUCUGUUCAGUUCCCCCGCCCCCACACGUCAAACGGAACGAGAAGUGUUGACCAAAGCAGAACUGCUUCUGUUGCUGAACUUAAACAAAAGUUUCAAGCCAGUCUUCAACUUGCUACGUGUGACACACGGGAAUGGAAGAUGUUGUACAGGUUCUUACUUGAUGUGCAUUUAGUUGUACAAUUUCGUUUUUUUUUUAUUUGCAGCGAUUCUUUGCUGCAGACGAUGUCAUGGCGAGCCGGAAGAUCAAAUUAUAUGUACAGAGCACGGGUGAUCUUGAGCCACCUAUUUCACGCCUACUGCUAAUCACUGAAUAGUGGAAGUACCAUGGAUCUGUUGCUUUUUAUGUAUGCGCUUUCGUGGUGUAACCUUUUUAAUUCUUCGGGAGGUGCCAUUUUUAUCUGGAAACGUUCGCUUGAUUGUUCUAUUAUAAUUUGAAUUCCGGAGCAGGAAAAUAAAUUUUCGGUCCUAGCGUUUAAAACGUGGCGAUAGAAAUACCAUUGCUUAAUGAAAAUAUAGAUGUAAAAUAUUUGUACCUGAAUCGAGGUCUACUUCUUUUGUGAAUUGUUUGCUUGUUUUUUUUUUGUACCAGUUUUGUCUUCGCGUAGAUAUAGAUGGCUCUUUUUCUUUUAAAUAAUAUAUUUCGUUGUUACUCCGAUAUGCACUGUAAAUACAUUGCAGACAUAACUAUUUAUACCUCUUAGCUUUCUUACAGGGCCGUUCUUGGAUACUUUACUUUUAACGUUCUUGUUUUAACACAUUCGUAAAACGUUUCAAACACAUUUGUAUGGCUUAUGGUUAGAGAGAAACCAUCGAAUGACCAUCGCAAGAAGUAUGGAUAACGCUGGGAAACCAUAAAGUCAGUUUACCAGGUUGAAGUUUAAAUAUGGAUGCUUCCACGUAGUAGCGUUUUUCUUUAUUGUUGUUAAUACUUAUAAGCAGCAUUUGGUGAUAUUUAUGCCGGUACGAAGGGUAUAGAUAUGUACAUAAAGAAAAGUACAUUUACGUUUUGUUUAAAUAGUGCAUCAGUCCUGUCAUGCACAUAUAUAUACAUAUGUGUACUAUAUGUGUACAUAACUUUCGAGGCACGCUCUUAGAGGGGCGCUACACGGCAUUCGAGUUUUUAUGUUUUCUGCAUCUACAAGUUUUAACGUAUGUGCCAGCCUGACUUGCACCUCAAGCAAUGGUAAACGUGGGAUUAAGCGUUUGCCAAUCCCAGAUUCCUUUUUCCGAAAUCAAUUUUUCUUCCAGAACAACUGUUCGGUGCUGUUUGCUACUGAAACAAACCAAAAGGAAACGAUUGUUGGUCUUACAUGGCGUCUAAAAGUGCUAUUGCGUGUUUCUGUACUUUUUUUUUCUUUUCUAUGUCAACGUGUACGCUUCCAUGAGCGUUUUCGUUUGACAACAACAAACGAACAAGCGUGAGCUACACCAAGUGUUUGCAGGUAAUAAAGGAAUUGCUUGGUAAAAGAAA